AUGGGCUGUGCAGGCGCGAAACGCGAGCCAGAAUCAGCCCGGCGAAUGAGUAUAAAUUCAUUAAAGGAGGAAGCCGACUACGAUGUUAAUUCGGGGGUAAUUGGAUUUUACGCCUGUGUUGGCGAUAGUCUUUGGAAAAUGCCGACGAAUUGCCAGACUCGCGCCGCUGACGAGCCGGUCGGCGAUUAUACACUCCCCGGCGAUGGGAUAGGUCGUCAGUUAGGCGCCCGAGGAGACAUUGGGAAAAAGGGCGAAAGAGCGGAAGGGACAGGAUCGCUGGUGUUUAUCACUCCUGCAGGGUUAAAUGGCACGAAACGGACGAGAUAUAGGUGUAGCAGCACAUGUGUCGCCUGCUCCGGUUACCACCACACCUCCCACCAGCUGCCGAGGAUCACCGAGCACCCGGUGGACACGACGGUGGCGCGCCACGAGCCGGCCACGUUGAAUUGCAACGCCCAAGGCGACCCGGAGCCCACCAUCACCUGGUACAAGGACGGGCAGGUGCUGCGGACGGCGCCGCAGGACGCCCGCUCGCACAGGGUGCUGCUGCCCGCCGGCAGUCUGUUCUUCCUGCGAGUGGCGCAGGGAAGGAAGGAAUCCGACGCGGGGACGUACUGGUGCGAGGCCGGCAACAUACUGGGGAAGGUUCGCAGCAGGAACGCCACCCUCACCGUAGCAGUGAAUAUAAAACACUCAAUUUCAUGGGCUGCGCUUCGCGCCAUCUUGGCUCUGGGCCGCGGGUACUCCCCCGCUCUAACGAAAACCAUCAACAACGUGCACAAUGAGGCUCUCGAUACUUAUUUUCCUACUUUCGCGAGCGAAAUUACCUGCAGUUUAUCUCCAGCCGGAUGGCAAGCAUUGUGUCCCCAGUUUUCAUUUUCCGCCGACGCGCCGUGA